UAUCAAUCAAGCCAAAACAUAAAUCAUACUUUACCAUUUUCAUCUUGGCAAUUGCACCCUAUUUUUUCAGGCCUUGCUAAUUUGUAUGAUGGCGGCUUAUGGUGCAGCCACUUCUCUCAAGAAUACGAUCCAGCAUAUUCUACAAUCGUCUCGCAUUUCGCUGGUUCCUCCCUCUCCACAAAUCUUACGACCCGCCUAUCUUGCAAUGCGUCGCGUGCAGAAAGUUUUACUAAAAUUGGACGAGACCGGCUAUAGCAAGAUGAGGACGAAGGUGAACGCUUUAGAUGAACGAAUCAAAGAGGCCAUAUGGGAAUUCGAAGAUUUACUCGAAUCCCAUUUCACCCAUCAGAUUCUUCCACUACUCGAAAGUGAGAAAGACUUCUCUGUAGAUCUGCAGAGUCUGCGACAGAGUGUUGAUUGCUUCGUCGAGAGGGUGACAAUGAUGGAGGCGGAGUACGAUGCCGAACUGCUGAAUAUGGCUGAAGAAGAAGGCGAACCUAUUUCCUCAAGAAUUGAUUUUGGUGGAAUCAACUCAGAGAUGGUUGGAUUAUCUGAUGAGUUUGAACAAGUCAAGGAUUACCUUCUUGUACAAGAUCGCAGGGGCAGGGGUUCUAAUUGGUUGUCAGUGAUUGGGAUGGCAGGGGUUGGAAAGACAGCGUUUGCUAAGAGAGUAUUUGACGAUCCAUCCAUUCAAACACAUUUUGAGCAACGGGCAUGGGUCAAAGUGGGCAGAAAAUGUGAAUUCGGUGAAACGUUACGAUGCAUUCUAGCUCAAGUGGUUCCCAACACUCGCGACCAACUGCUUACCCAAGGAGACAACGGCGACGAUGACUGUGAGAAAUUAGUUGGGCUCUUGGAAGAGAGAUUGAGGGAUAAGAAAUGUCUUAUUGUGUUGGAUGAUGUAUGGGAAUCGGACACACGAGUUAUGGAUACCUUGCCACAAGAUAAUGUCCGAAUCUUGCUUACAAGCAGGCUAGGAUUUAGAAAAUCUUCAUUUCUAAAACUACGCUUGUUGAAUGAAGAAGAAAGUAAGAAAUUACUUUGCCAGAAGGUGUUUGGUGAAGAGGUUUUCCCUCCCCACCUUGACCUUGAGGAAUUAGGAAAAAAGAUUGUAAAAAAAUGUGAAGGUCUUCCACUUAUGAUAGUCACAGUGGCAGGGCUCCUUUCCAAAGAAGAGAAGACUCCACAAUUCUGGACUGAGGUAGCCGACAAACAACAUAAUUCAGUCUUUGAAGAUGCAUAUAAUCAAAUAUCAGAGGUACUUUCCCCAAGCUAUGAGUAUUUACCUCAGUAUUUGAAAAUGUCUUUUCUCUAUAUGGGCGCUUUCCCUCCAUAUAGUGAUAUCGAAAUACACAACCUAUAUCGUCAGUUAAGUGCUGAGGGAUUUGUUGAACCGAUUGGAAAACUAACUAUGGAACAUUUUAUGAUUAACUGCUUGAUAAAGCUUGCUCGAUGGUAUCAUCUUGUUCUAUUCGAUCCAAAUCGAAAAUCUUGGUUUUCAAAGAAAGAGUUUCGCGUGCAUUCUUGUUGGCAGUACUUGUGUAAGAAAGAAGCUAGUAAGAUCAAGUUUUUACAUGUUUUAAAAAGUUGCGAAGAUGUUAUGAAUGACCAACGUCGGUUGUGUGCCCAUUGCAAUACUUUAUUUGCAUUCAAGCAAGUAUAUGAUUUGAUUAAAAGUGAUUGCGCAUCCACUGCUCGCUCCCUCCUUUGUUAUGGUCCUUACCACCAAUAUCCGGUGUCAAUACAUGCCAUGGAUUUCAAGUUGCUCAGAGUACUUGUUGCUGCUAAGGUUCGAUUUUACAAUAUCCCACAUGAAAUUCUGAAACUAGUUUGUCUAAAGUAUCUUGCCCUCACUUGCAACAAAGAGCUCCCUGCUUCCAUAUCCAACCUUUUCAACCUUCAAUUCCUGAUUAUCCAUCCACAUAUGCACAUUAGAAAGCGUGGAGCUGUGUCAUACAUGCCAGUAGAAAUAUGGGACAUGCAAGAACUGCAACAUAUUCAGGUAUUUGGAAGAGACCUACCUUGCCCUAAUUCUGAUGCCAUAUUGGACAAACUCUACAGUCUUUGUGGCGUUGGUGCAAGGAGUUGCAGUAGAGAAAUUCUCAAAAGAAUCCAUAAUUUAAAGAUCUUGGAAAUUGAUGUGGAGUUGAAGCCUUAUGACGACAACAAUGAUAAUAACUCUCUGGUUGGCUUGGGUUUUAUUUCAGAGGAACUUCAGAAUUUGAACGAACUUUCAUAUUCUAUAACAAACCCUGAGAUGAAGUAUGAGCCUACAAUUCCUCUGUCAAUGUUUCCAUCAAGUCUGAUGAAGUUAGUUCUGAGUGGGUUAGGGUCUCCUUGGAAGCACUUAAAUGACAUUGGUUCAUUUCUACCAAAUCUUAUGAUUCUCAAAUUACACCAUUAUGCCUUUCGAGGCCCAGAGUGGAAUAUAGAUUCCAAGUGUUUUUUGAAACUUGAAACACUUGUAAUUGAAGACACUGAUUUGGUGCAAUGGAGAUCCCAACAUGAAAGUUUGCCAAGGCUCGACUUCGUAAGCCUACAACAUUGCUACAAAUUACAACAACUCAAUUGGACACGUGAUCCGUCAAUGGUCUCAACUACAAUUGAGCUAGUUGAGUGCAAUCCAUUAGUUGUUGCUUCUGCCAUGCAAUUAAGACCGAAGUCUCACUUUAAAGUUCGCUGCUACUCGUCUUUUUGAGAUGACAAGUCUCAACUCAGUUAACAGCGAUUUCUCUGAAGAAUACGAUUCAGCAUAUCCUACAAUCAUCUCGCAUUUCGUUGGUUCCUCCAUCUCCACAAAUCUUACAACCGGCCUACGAUGCCAUGGCUCGGUUGCAGGAAGUUCUGCUAAAAUUGGAUGAGACGAGCUACUGCAAGGUCAGGACGAAGGUGAAUACUUUGGAUGACCGAAUCAAAGAGGUCAUAUGGGAAUUCGAAGAUUUACUCGAAUUCUGUUUCACCGAUCCGAUUCUUCCACAGGUCGAAAGCGAGAGAUAUCACUUGUCUUUCUCUCUAGAUUUGCAGAGUUUGCGUCAAAGUGUUGAUUGUUUCGUCGAGAGGGUGGCAGUGAUGGAGGUGGAGUACGAUGUUGAGCUGCUGAAUAUGGAUGAAGAAGAAGGCCAGCCUAUUUCCUCAACUCAGAGAUGGUUGGAUUAUAUGAUGAAUUUGAGCAAGCCAGAGAUCAUAUUCUUGCAGAAGAUAAAAGAAAUGGUUGUCAGUUCUUGGGAUGGCAGGGGUUGGAAAGACAACUCUCGCUAAGAAAGUAUUUGAAGAUCCAUCGGUUCAAAGACAUUUUGAGCGUCGAGCAUUACGCUGCAUUCUAGCUCAAGUGGAUCCCAGCACUCGCCACCAAAUGGUUACCCAAGGAGACGAUGACGACGACGAGAAAUUAGUUCGACUCUUGAAAAAGAGAUUGAAGGAUAAGAAAUGUUUCGUUGUGUUAGAUGAUGUAUGGAAAUGGGACAUACGGGUGAUGAACAUCUUGCGAAAAAGGGAUGUUCGAAUCUUGCUAACAAGCAGGCAAGUGAUUGAAAAUUCUUCUAUUUUACGAGUACCCUUAUUGGAUGAUGAAGAAAGUACGAAAUUAUUUGGUGAGAAGGUAUUCGGUGAAAAUGGCUUCCCUUCUCACCUUGAAAAAUUGGGAGAAAGGAUUGCCAAAAAAUGUGAAGGUCUUCCGCUUAUGAUAGUCAUAGUUGCAGAGCUCCUAUCCAAAGAAGACAAGAACCCUGGAAUUCUGGACUGAGGUAGCCGAAAAACAACAUAGCGAAGUAUUCGAGGAUGCAUAUAGUCAGACAUCAGAGGUAUUUUUCCCAAGUUAUGACUACUUACCUCAAUACUUAAAAUUUUCUCUCUUUAUUUGGGAGCUUACCCUCCAUAUAAAGAUAUCAGAUUACCCAAUCUCUUCAAUAUGUUGAAUGCUGAGGGAUUUCUUGAAACGAAUGGAACACGAACUUUGAAUGA